AAUCCAUCUCCUUUAAUAAUCAUGAUACUUACUAAGUCCCAUCCAAGAUUUUGAAUCAUUACCUAGUCACUUUCACAAUAAAGUAGUAUUAAACAAGUUACUAAUUUUUUUUUAUUAGUAUUAAAAAUACCCUUGUGAUUAUAAUUAUUAUAAUAGUUGUAUAUUGGUUCUAACUGUGGCACAAUUUCAAGUCCAUUCUAAAAUGGACAUGAAAGAUUCUUAUGAAUCUGAUCAUAAUCAUGUUCCUUCUUCUUACAUGCUUAUUGAGGCUAUUGGUGACUCAGAAGUUGAUUCUAAUGAUCCAAAUAUGGAUGAAUUUGGUAGUGUAGAUGAUGAUGAUGCUCAAUCUUGUUGCCAUGAUAAUGCUGCUGAAUUCAAGGUAUGUGAGUCUUGGAAUGAUGAUGAUGAUGAUGAUGAUGAUGAUGAUGUUGAGAAGAAUAAGAAAGGUUGUGAUGUAAAUGUUUAUGGUUCUUCAUAUUGUGAAGAUGAUGAUGAGAUGCAAGAACAGAACAACUAUAAGUCCUAUGUUUCUGAUGAUUCUUCAUCUUCAGAUAAAGAAUUUGUAGAUGAGAUGGAAAAGAAUAGGUUGUUCUGGGAAGCUUGUUUGGCAUCUUGAUUUUAUAUUGUUCUGAUUUUUUAAUCUCUUUCUAAAUCAUUGUUAUGUAUUUCUAAGAAUCACUUAGAAGCAUAUAGCAUCAUAUAGAUGAAAGCUUUCAAUUGUAUCUAUGCUAUUUAUCGUUUAUUAACAGUUCACACCAUAUUUCAUGAUUUCUUCUAUUCAUUCAAG